AUGGUCUUUGCCAACCAUAAAACUGCCACUGGGGCUAUGAAGCGCUCUGCUUCUGCUCUGGAAGGCCCACCCAGCUGGGAUGUGGCUCCUCCUAUGAUGGCUCCCACGCGCUCGUCUUUUCGCCUGCCUUAUGCUCACUACGCUAUGAUCUAUCUUGACAACGAGGGCAAGCUCAAAGUCGAUGAGUCUGCUUCCAUUCAGGAGCAAAACUCGACUGUCUUCACGCCCGAUGUUCGCCAGAACUUCCUCGAGAUUCUCGGUGAAAGAAUUGGCUAUCACCAGCCUAUUGCUCGCCGCACUUUAGAUGCCUCUCCUCGCCGCGUUCGCCGCCGCAAUGGCCCUGCUCCUUCUAUUGCUGAAGAUCAGGGCUCUGACAACGAUGACUACCCCCAGGGUGCAUCCAACGAUAUGGUCCCUCUCCGUGUGGGAGACAUCCAAAAGGUCAAUAGCUAUUAUGAAAGUGCUUUGAAGCAUUUCCAGCAGCUCAAUUGCCGCAUGGUCGCCAAGGCCUUCAUUAAGUUCAUUGAGCCCCGCAAACAGGUUCGACACCCAUACAAUGGAGGCAAGCCUGCGCCGGGAUCCCCUCCUGGCAGCACCGGCGACCCUGAAAAGACCAAGCCCGAGUGGUGGCCCCCGGGUGUCAUGCACAAGGAGCCCGACCACUUGCGUAAAGAGUACCGCAUUGAGCUUCUGCUCCACAUCAUCCGCAAGCUCGGAAGCCAUGGCAUUACCGCUGACAAGCUCAAAGAAGUCGCUGGUGACACCAAGCGCAGCUUGAAGCAUCCUUCCCAUGUCGAGAUCAUCUUUGAGAUUCUGAGGGUCCGCAAGAUGGAAGAGCGUUUCGAACGCGGUGAAGUUGAUGCCAAUAUGGUGGUCUAUGUUCAGAACCGAGGACCCAGCCCCAAGGGUGAAGACGAGGAAGAGGACUCGAACGAUAUUCCCACAAUCAAUGUCGCCGAGCAUAUCGAGGACGGUCUCUUGACUCCAACCUCAUCUGUCGAGCAAGUCACAGCUCCACUCACGACACCAAUCGACACAAUGGCCAUGCACCAUGGCCGCUCCCUGCCAGGUAGUUUCUCAAUGAAUGAGCCCCUAAGCUUCGAAGCCCCUCGCCAGGACCGCUCCUACUAUGCAACCCCGCCUCAGUACUCAGACGCAUACUCGCAGCCCAUGCUCAGCACACCAGUGACCGCCGAAAUGAUCAGCCCUCACGAAGUCCUCGCCUACGACUACUCCACGCAAAACGCCUUCCCAGCCUCCUCGUCUGACCAGCAGCGCACAGCAGGCCAUUAUGACGCGUGGGCGCCCUCGUUCCGCCAAAACAUCUUCAGCCCAGUGGACUACAGCGCCCCGCCUACCAGCCACGGUCUUCCUCCGCCCUCAAUGUCCUACCAAAUGCCCAUGGCAUCGCCGGCCCAGCUGCACGACAUGUCGCACCACGCCCAGUCACCCCUCGACAUGAGCCAACGGGCAUUGCCCUUCCGCACUGGCUCACUGGGUCACCCACACGGCUUGCCUCUCUCGCACCCGGCCUGA